UUUGAUUUUUUGAAUAAUGAAGAACUAGACUCGAACCAUUUUGUUGUGCGAUUGCAAUCGUCUUUGCCAAUCGUACUAAAUCCAUCGCCUUCACCGGAAUUUGUUGGCCGGCGGAGAAACCGGUACCGGAUUCUGCAAAGGGUGGUCAGUGAAUUCGAGCUAGACCGAUAAUAACAUGCAGAGUCUCCUCUAUCGUACUGAAUCUAUCAAAUCCAACUCCAUAAUAGCUCAUUAUUGCCUCAACUUCACUCGUUCAUUCUCCUCAACUUCUGAUCUCCAUUCCUCAUCUCUCUGCAACCUCUUAAAAGGCCGCAUUUCUCAUAAUCAUCUUAAACAAAUCCAUGCUCGGGUUUUCCGUAUUGGUGCUCAUCAAGACAACCUCAUAGCUACUCGCCUUAUUGGUCAAUACCCAUCAAAUAUUUCCCUUCGUAUACUUCAUCAGUUAAAAAGACCCAACCUUUUCCCCUUUAACGCUAUUAUUAGAGUACUAAGUGAAGAAGGAUUUUUUACUGAUGCAUUCUUGGUAUUUAACAAGUUAAGGGAUCAGUCCCUUUUGCCCAAUGAAUUGACCUUUUCUUUUCUUCUUAAAGCUUGUUCUCGUUCUGGGAAUUCAUAUUAUGUUCAACAGGUUCAUACCCUUGUUGUGAAAUUGGGAUUUGGUGAGGACCCAUCUCUAUGUAAUGGGUUGUUAAGUGUUUAUGCUAGGGGUUUAAAAGAGUUACAUUCUGCGCGUCAACUGUUUGAUGAAAUGCCUGACAAGGGUGUUGUUUGUUGGACUUGUUUGAUUUCUGGAUAUGCUAAGUUUGGUUUGUCUGAAGAAGCUUUGGGUUUGUUUUUAUGUAUGGUAAAGAAGAGUUUGAUCCCUGAAAAUGAUACUAUGAUUAAUGUUUUAUCUGCAUGUUCAAAACUUGAUAUGUUAAAUAUUGAGAAAUGGAUUGGGAAUUUUUGGUAUUCAAUGCAGCAGUAUGAUUUGGGAUGUUCUGGAUGUGACUCAGUUAAUACUGUUCUUGUUUACUUAUAUGGAAAUUGGGGAAAGGUUGAUAAGAGUAGAGAAAUAUUUGAACAGAUUUCUGGUGAUGGGAAGAGAAGUUUGCUUCCUUGGAAUGCUAUGAUAGGCGCGUACGUACAGAAUGGCUGUGCUCUGGAUGGUUUAUGUCUUUUCCGGUUAAUGAUGGAGCUUAAUUGUUGUUGCCCCAAUCAUGUGACAAUGGUUAGUGUGCUCUCAGCUUGUACUCAAGUUGGUGAUUUGUACCUUGGUAUGUGGAUUCAUGAGUACAUGAAAGGUAGUAGGCAAAAAAGCUUUUUACUUUCAAAUGCAAAUCUUGCCACUGCUUUGAUAGAUAUGUACUCUAAAUGCGGGAGUUUAGAGAGAGCAGGGGAUGUUUUUGACCAAUUGGUUGUAAAAGAUGUUGUUUCAUUCAAUGCGAUGAUCAUGGGUCUCGCAGUAAAUGGCAAAGGUAAGGAGGCGUUAAAACUUUUCUCACAAAUGCUAGGCCUCAAUUUGCGUCCAAAUGCUGGGACGUUCCUUGGUUUGCUAUGUGCCUGCAGUCACGCAGGGCUGGCAGCAGAAGGCCGUCAAAUAUUUAAGGAAAUGAGCCAAUGUUUUAGAAUUGCUCCUAGAUUGGAACAUUAUGCUAGCUAUAUUGACCUCCUUGCUCGAGUAGGUUAUGUUGAGGAAGCACUUCAAGUUGCUACCUCAAUGCCUUUUAAACCCAAUAAUUUUGUAUGGGGAGCUUUACUUGGUGGCUGUGUGCUGCAUAACAGAUUGGAAUUGGCCCGAAUUAUUUCCUCCAUUCUUGUUGAGGUGGACCCUAACAAUUCUGCUGGCUAUGUGAUGUUGUCCAAUACAUAUGCCAUUGAUCAUCACUGGGGUGCUAUUUCACGGCUGAGGUUGUCUAUGAAGGAAAAAGGAGUAGUAAAGCAGCCAGGAUGUAGCUGGAUCAACAUUGAUGGAGUAGUGCAUGAAUUUCUGGCUGGGUCCUCGUCACAUCCUCAGAAUGAACGCCUGCAUAGUGAAUUGCAGGUCUUACUGAAGGAGAUGAAGCUAGCAAGUAUUUAGACAACUCACAAGCAUAUUCUGGUUAGGAGUUGCUUUGAGUAGCAUCCUCUUUCUACCAUAAAGAUUUUUUCCAGAAUUAAGAAUGGGCUCCGUGGGAUAGAGCUGCAUCGAAGAUAUCUGUUGUUUUGAAAGCAGCUGGUUCCAAGAAAUGUGUUAGAGCCUUUGUCUACAACGGAUGCAUGAAUCAUUCUGCUGCUGUGAUCCUUAGUUUUGUUGCCUUGAUACAAUGAUGGAAUUAUUUCUGAACUUCCAUUGGCUUUUAUUCACUUUUUAGGCUACUAAUAUCAGGUAUAUGUUUCAGUUUAAUUUCCAACUUUGACUUGUUAUCAACUUCAAGUGAACCUUUAUUUGUAUGAGAAGCAUUUUAAAACUGUGCCUCUCUGGGUGAAUUUCGUGAAGCCUUUUUAUUAGACCUAUCUGGUACAAAAAUGAUGAUGUGAGUUGAUAUUCAUCAGACUCAUUCUAUAAUAUAUAAGUUUCAAGUUUGGUCUGUAAUGUAGGGAUGUCAGUGGUACAAAAAUGAGAACUACUACUUCUAAUAUUUAUAUUUGUCAUACUAAGCUUUAUGAUGAUCGGGGUUCAAACUUCUGUCUUUUUCAUCAAUUAAAUGCACCUACUGUGCAAACUCUUCUCCUUUCUUGUAUCAAGUCAAUUUGAUCUCCUAGCUAAUUUUUUUGAUUUAUAGUUUGGCAGUCUCAAUAAUUGGCGAGGCAGGACGUUUGACUUGUUUGAAUGAUAAGCAGAACUAUUUGAGGAAUGGCCUAAAUAGGAUUGUUAGUGCAGAAACUAUUUGCCUUCAGCUGACUGUCAAAUACUACAAGAAGACAAUCCUCUCUUGCCAUGCAGAUGUUCUGGACUCACUUGGCAGAGAUACUCGGAAAAAUUCUCUUCCUCUUAUAAUUUGUUCUUUUUAAUUGGUGGGACAGCUUCUCUGAAAGCUAGCUUGACUUAAAAUAACAUCCUAACGAGGGCCAAGAGAUUGGCAAGCUAGUAUUAUCUUUGCGAAAACACUAUUGAUACUCUAAACCUACGCUCUGAGUUGGUUCAAUGUUUGUGGCACAUGCCUUUCAUUAUUCAAAAUAUCUAGUGCAUGGAGCCUGGUUCUGUCAUAGUCCAAGAUCGUUUGCCUGACUGGCAUGGAGUCAAGAUUGGUAAAACCAAAUGGAUUAUUUAUAAUCCAUCCUUCCGUUGUUUGAAGGAAAAGGGGCGGAAUCUGUGAAGAUAGAGGUUCUUUCUUUUUCUUAAGGUAUGUGGACUUCAAAAUUAUUUUUGUUGGUAAACAAGAGUGUCUAGAAGGAAUAGAAGAUAUGUUUCAGUUAUUAAAUUCUCAGCACUAUCAUUAUUAAAAUUGCUAAUAUCUCUAGUGGUAGUUUUGCUUAGAAAUGCUAGCACCCGCUUGUGGGCUUUCCUUUGGAGAAAUGGGCAAACUAAUGUUUUGGGAAGCGAGAAUGAUACUACCAGACCCAGUGUUUAAGCUAGGGAUAUGUUCAUACGUCCCAAGAUGUCUAAAGAACGUUCACACCGAGCCUAGCUAAGGAGUUCAAGGACUGGACUUCCAGUCGCCACCUCAAAGGCGAAGAGGGUGCUCGGAAUGAAGGGAUUAACAACAUGAUAACAUGGAAGCACAAGGCUCCACCUAAAAGAAUACCCGGAGCUGAAAAGAGGUUGGGGGAAGAGGCAAUCACGACCGGAAUGGAGCCAAGCCCAGUCGUUGGAGGUCACGUAUGGCCCAUACCAGGGACCGUACUCAGUAGAAAAGGAAAGCUGAAACACUGCCAGGCCCAGUCAUGCAUCCACAAUGCCACAUACAGACCCGGACAACCACAUACAUACAGUGUAUGCUAUAAUGGACAGUCUAUCCAGAGUCAACUCGGUGUUGUGCAUCCUGUCUCGCUUCCACAGUAUUGCAGACGGACCAAGUAUGCCACGUGUUGUCCGAAUGCGAACUUCCAGCAGAAUGCUUUGCUCCAUUUUGCAUUACUUUUAGAUGCCAGUUUGGGUCAUUUUUGUAAUAGACCUUUUCGAUCUCCUAACACUAAAUAGUUGGGUGUACCCCAUUUUACCGUUUUUUGGAGAUUACUUUGAUAUGAGGUUAUUGAGAAUACUCUUGAGAGAGUUGAGGAGGCUGAGGCCAUAGUUGCUUUUAGAUAUUGAUGGGAUUGCUUUCUUGAGGGCUAUCUUAUAUAUUUGGUGCUUAUUUUUUGGAUUCAUAAUAGAAGGUGUUAGCUUUAAUGUAGUCAUUAUUGUCUAUUAGUUCCUUUACUUAUGUCUAUCUUCUAACCCUAAUCUUUUGUUUAUCUUGUCUUUGUUUUCUUUCAUCUUCCGCAUAUCCUUGCACAUAUUACACUUGCCCUGAAAGCUUUCUGCAAAUCCAUCGGCAAUCGCAUCAAGAAGGAGGCCAGCUUCAACCCCAGGUAUUCCUAACUUUUAUCAUCAACAUUGCCAGCACCUAUGUCUUCAAUUUGAAUCUUUGAGGUAUCUCUAAAAAACCAUUACCUCCACCAUCUUACUGAUCUCCACAAACAUGUCUUUGUAUCCACAUAUAUGAUUGUUUGCUACAUUAUCCAAAUACCACUAGCUUUUGGAAUUCAUCUUCUUCUUGUCUGGUUAUUUGAGAAAGUUUUGAAGUUAGUUUAUGUGUACAUGUAUAACAAUUGCACAUUGAGCAGAAGUUUAUACAUAACAUUUGUGUAGAGGUGUAAGUCAGCUGAGGCAACUUUAUAAUUUGCUUAUUCUAGCUUGGUAUAAUAAUUUCUAAACAUCUUUAUAAUAUAACAAAUAUGAAUUGGUGUUUGGGUGAGGGGUAUUUUACUUAGUUGGUUAAAUGUGGGGAACGAGUUUUAGUUUAUUGAAUAAGAAUCUUCAUUUUACAUAUCUUCAUUGGAGAGAAUUUUGUAAAAUAUCUGAGGUGGUUGCAUCUUCAUUUACAAAUACAUGCCUAUAUCCUUCACAUGACCUUACCAAAUUAAAUGAUAUGCACCACAAAAAUGGGCCCUUGGCCCUUUGUCAAGAAUAUGACCUUUAGUUGGCUAGUGAUAACAUUAUUAAUUUUACCAAAUUACUCUAAUAUGAUUGUUGUAGCGUCUUAGUGUCUUUAUACUACGAAAAGAAAUGAAAAAAUAUAUGGUUCUCUCUCAACUUGUCAACAUGUCAUAUCUUCGCUUAAAUUGAACAACAACAAUAAUAACAUAUUCAGUAAAAUUUUAUAAGUGAAUUUUGAGAAGAAAAAAAAAAGUGUAUGUAAGCUUUAUUCUUACCUUGACAAAUAAAGAAAUUGUUUCCGGAGAAAUACAAAUCUCAUGUUUACUUAUCUAGAAUUUUAGGAGGGAUUAAAUCAAGAAUGCACCGUUAAAUUUAAUAUCUACUUUCUUGUUAGACGAAACACCUAAGUUUCAAUGGUAAAUAAAUACUUACUUAUAUCAUGUGUUUUACGAUUGUCAUAAAAAAAAAUAUCAUGUGUUUUGGAAUUCCGACUCAUCCAUGGGUGGGGGACCAUAACUCUUUUUGAAUUCAAAAAUGAAAAAAUCAUUUAUUUAGUCUAAAAAAAAAACAAUUUGUAUAUGGCUUAUACUUUUCCAUACAUUUGAGUUGGAUAAACAAACGAGUAAAACGUUACAUGUAUUUCUAAAUUAAUGUACAAUAGUCGUAUAAACUCUUUAAUCGAAAAAUUAAAUUUGAAAAAGGAACCUUUUUAACCCAAAAUCCAUUUAUAUUUAAGACAAUUCAAGUGAGUAGUAUUUUGUGCGUAGUACAACAAAAUGGUGUUUUUACAAUUCUUAGUAGCGGGGUCGGAUGACCCCCCUCAUUGUAAGGUGGCUCCGCCACUGAUCUCAAUCCCGAUAGGCCAAAAUCUAUGGAAGGGGACAUUCUUGAUCUUUUGCUCCAAUUGAAGAAAGAGAAAUCAACACCAAUUGAUCUUUACUUUGGAGGAUAUAAAAGCACUUGACAUGAAUGUAUUAGUAGCUGGAUCAGACACUAAUGCAUCUACAAUAGUAUGGGAAAUGAUAGCUUUGAUGAAGAAUCCAAAAGCCAUGAAGAAAGUUCAAUCAGAAAUUAGAACAUUAGUUGGAAAAAAAGGCUUUGUGAAUGAAGAUAACAUCCAAAAUAUG